ACUGAGAUACUAGAUCAAUUUUAUACAAUAUUAUAUUUGAUCAAGGAUGGAAAGCAUUUACAAUUUACUUCCUCCACACUAUAUAAUACAUCAGAUAGAAAAACCCAAACUCAAACAAACCCCUUUCAUAUAAUCUUACCUUCAAUUUCCUCUCUUUUUUCUAGCUACAAGCCUACAACACAUAACUAGACAAAUUCCUAACUAUAGACUCUCAAUUUUUCAAUGGAUUCAUCCCAUAUACAUGCUUAUGCAAACUUCAGUUGUGAACUAAAAAUAAUCCAAGCUCGAAAUGUUGAAUUCAUCAAGUCUACGAAAAACUUGUUUGCAAGGUUGUAUCUUCCAACAGGAAGCAACAAAAGAAUUCAACUCAACAGCAAAAAUGUUUCAUCCAAAUCAGUACCCUUUUGGGACGAAUCUUUUAAUCUAGAUUGUUCUUGCCCACAAGAAUUCUUGGAAAACCUUAAUCAACAAAGCCUGGUUUUGGAGCUGAGGCAAAGGAAGAUGUGGGGGUCAAAACUUAUUGCGAAAAGUGAGAUUCCAUGGAAGGUGAUUCUUGAAUCACAAAACAUGGAGUUGAAAAAUUGGUUAAAAAUGGAUUUAGUUAGUGGAAGUGAUUGCAAAGAGGGUAUGUUCACAAUACCAGAAGUGGAAGUGGAGAUUAAAGUUAGAGUUGCUUCAGUUUCGGAGAUGGAAAAACAGAAUAAGAGAAGGUUGAAUAAUUGGAAUGAGUGUGGAUGCAAAAAUGGACAUGAUCAUCAAGCUUGGUGCAACACUGAAGAUUGUGAUAUAUUUGCGCUUGGUGCAGCUUUGGAGGCUUUUUAAUUUUGAUGCAAGAUUAUGUGAUGUAUAUAUGCACUAACAUCAACUAAAUUAGCUUAUCAUGUAUUGGAUUGAUUUUUUAACAAAAUUAUAAUUGAUUGAUGGUGUAUAUAUGAUUAGAGUUUUAAAGCAUUAACUUAAAAGUUUUUAAAGCA